CGAUUUUUUCAAACGCAACUAUUUCCGGUGAGAAGUAAACAUACUUUUGACAUUGGCCGCCGUGCUUAUAAGAGUUAAAUAUGGUUUCGUUGUCUUUAAACUCGAUAAAACAAGUAAUGAGAGCAAUGGUAGAUAGCCCAGGCUUCGACAGAGUCCUGAACAAGGUGGACAUUUUGUCUGCCAGCCCGGGGAAGGUGGUGUGUGAGAUGAAGGUGGAAGAGGAGCACACUAACCGGUUUGGGACGCUGCACGGCGGGCUGACAGCCACCCUGGUCGACGUCAUCUCCACCGUGGCAAUCAUGUACAGUGACAGGGGAGCACCGGGGGUCAGUGUGGACAUGAACAUAACAUACAUGAAUGCUGCCAAGAUUGGAGAGGACGUACUCAUCACCGCUCAAGUUCUGAAGCAAGGACGGACGUUGGCAUUUGCCACCGUGGACCUCACCAACAAGGCCACAGGGAAGCUCUUAGCACAAGGAAGACACACCAAACACCUCGGUAGCAGCUAAACUGUCUCCACUCUGUGCCUGUCUGUAGAUCACAUGAUCAUGUCACUGUACUGUAACAAUGGACACUUAAGAUGUAUAUUAACCUCUGCCUGUAAAUAGUUUGACUGUGUGUAAAAUGUCGUUUACAGUGCUACAAAUCCUGCGCAUAGCUGGUUACUUAGUGAUGUUUGUUACCGCGGUCACAUAUGACAGUUAUAGAGAAACUAAUCGCUGUAUGGCCAGAGUCAACCUUGACCUCAUCAUAUCAAUGAUUCAUGCACAUGCAAUAAAACAAAUGGACAAGA